AUGGAGGGACUCAAACCACCAAGUACCAAGCAGGACAAGAAUGAAGAGGCACUGACCAAGUAUGCCGCUUUUCUAUGUGGUCUCAUGCUUUUAGUUAUCGUCUUUCGCUGGCUGCGCAAUAUUCACAUUACAUCUCCACAUCCGAAAACAUCAGCGUCAUUACCGAUUUACGGGCGUGAGGUCUGUUUCCUGGUGUUCCAAACUCUCGAAAGACGUCUACCGGCGUCGUGGUUCGGCCGACCUUCCUUGGGGUUCAGCUUGGUGAUCAGCGUCUACCUUAUUGGCAAUGUCGCUUUCUGCUCAAAUAUGCUUGCGAUGCCCCAGCUAUUGAAUCAUUGGGCCUCUCGAUUUGGAUGGAUGUGCGCUGGUAACAUGGCGCUAUGUGUCUUUUUUGGCCUAAAGAACACGCCUUUGGCCCUCUUUGCCUCGGUUUCGCACAGCCAACUGAAUAUCCUACAUCGCGUUGUGGGCUAUACCACUGUAUUCCUUCUCGCACUCCACGCUCUUGUCUACACCAUACAUUUUGGUCGUCAAGGUCGUUUGGUACAGUUGUUGACGAAGGAGGAUAUCGAGGGCAUGGGAGCCGGCAUUGCCAUGCUUGUACUACUAAUGGGGGUGUUUAGACACAAGCAUUACGAACUAUUCUAUGCCAGCCACGCUAUCGGCUUCGUGGCGGUCGUUCUCUUGACAGCCUUGCAUAGGCCAAAUUGGGCCAAGAAGAUCCCAACGGUGAUGCUCAUCAUAUUCAGCUUGUGGACAGUGGACCGACUCAUACGGCUGAGCAAGUUGUUUCGUAACCUGGUCAACAAUUCGGCGACAGUUUAUCCUCUUCCAUAUAAUGGAACACGAAUAGUGCUCAAGAAGCCUGGAAUGGAAAACGGCUUACCUGGAUCGCACUGCUUUUUGUGGAUUCCGGGACUUCGAUUGUUUGAGACUCAUCCAUUUACUAUCGUCAGUAGCGACUCUUCUGGUCUAGAGCUUGUCAUGAAAUCGCAUAAGGGCUUUACCAAAGCUAUCGGCAGCUUCGCAAGCCAGAAUCCCAGGACUUCUCUGUGGGCAUCCAUUGAUGGGCCAUAUGGCUCACUACCAGACGUGAACAACUACGAUAAACUGAUCCUCAUCGCUGGUGGCAGUGGAGCUGCCUUUACCUUUGGCGUCAUUAACCGUAUCAUGAUGCGUCGUGAAAAGCUUGCGAUCCAGUCUAUCGAGUUCGUAUGGGCAGUGAGGCGUAUAGAGCAGCUGAGCUGGUUUCGCCGACAUUUGCGUAAUAUUUCGGAGUCGGCGUACCCAAUAAGCCUCAAGGUCUACGUGACGGGCGAACGGUCUGCAUGUAGCUCAGUGUAUGACGACACCGACACUCAAGCAUCUCCAUGCGGAGCAGAAAUGGAGGUUCUUCUAAGAGAGGAUACGUUUCACUAUGAAACUCUCUCUAAUAUGGGUAAUUUAUACGGGCUAACUGAUCACCCAACCGGCGAUGAGCCGAAAUGCAACCCGUUGUUUGAGAAGCUAGACGUUGAUAGAACAGUUGGUAAUGGCGCGAGAGCACCUGGAAGUCAUCAGCGAGUUCUCGUCUUAUCUUGCGGGCCGAAAUCCCUUAUGGAUGCCGUGCAAGAUUCAGCAAGUAAAUGGCAGGAAAAGCGAGAUAUUAGAAUAGAUGUCCACUGUGAGAACUUUGGCGGUUGA